GCCCUAUAAUCAUAGUGACAUUCUGAAAGAAGACCUUGAAGACUGCGGACCAGCUGUCCUUCACCAGCUUCUGAGACUCUCGCCUGGGGGUGGCAGUGAUGAAAAGCAAGUCAGAUCUGAACAAGCAUGUGCCUCAGCCUUAUUAAGGGCACAAUUAGGUCAGCAUGUUUCUACCUUGAAAGAACAUGAUAAUUCUGCCAAAGAAGAAAAACUGUCUGAAGUUUUCCUAGUCAAAAACGUGGACCAGGGUACAAAGGCACCAUCAUUAUUGAAAAGAACCCCUAUGGAAGAGUGUGAGGAUAGGUUGGCUUUUCACAGUAAUGAAUCAUCUUGCAGCUUGCCAUCUAUUCUGAAUGACAAUACUGGAAUAAAGGAAGCAAGACCUACUCUUUGGUUCAACAGAGUUCUUACAAGGGAACAAGAAACAAAAGGCUACCAGUUGCUGAAGCAGUCUACCCUUGAAUAUAAUACAAAUCAAACUGAAGACAGAUUCCAAAAGGAUGCUUCUGCAUCACAACUGUCAGGUUUGAACAUUGGUAGCAGUACAUUGAAGACAAAGACAACUAACAAAAUUACUUCAGAAGCUAGUUUUUCCUCUAGCGAAGGAAAUCCUUUGUCAAGGCAUGAAAACAAAAAGAAACUACCUACCAACUCAAAAUCUAAAGCCUUCUGGAGUGAGUCUGAUGACAGUAACUCAGAAAUUGAAGCUGCUCUACGUCCUAGAAACCAUAACACAUCCACUGAUGAUUUUGAUGAUUUUUAUGACUAAUAAGCUAUAACAGUUGUUGAAAUAAGGUCUUUAAAUAAGUUGAAACCCUGUCUUCCUAUGUGAUUUCCACAAUAAACAUAUCCUUUUAAGUUUUCUAAUUGUUUAAUAUGAAAACUUGGGACCCUAUUGCUAUUCCAGUGAAAUUUUGUGACAUAAUUAUGAACUAGUAUAUUCAUUUUUCAGUGUUAUCAAAAAGCAAAGUGAUGAAUGCAAUGCCCAUCAAAAUUCAAAUUGUUUUCUUUGUUGAAACUAAUGAGCUGAUCCUAAAAAAUUCAUAUAGAAAUUCAAGGGACCCAGAAUUGCCAAAACAAUCCUGAAAAAUAAAAACGAAGUUGAAGUACUCACAUGUUCCAAUUUUGAAACUUGUUAAAAAACUUCAGUAAUUAAGACAGUGUGGUACUGGCACAGAUAUAUAAGUCAAUGAACUAUUUAUUUGUAGAUAAUCUGUAAUCGGUAAUGCAAAGACAAAUGCUCACAUUUAUGAUCAAUUAAUUUUCAACAGUGGAGGAAAGUAUGGUCUUUUCAAUAAAUGAUGCUGGGACAACAGGAUAGUUUUAUGCAAGGGGAUGAAGUUGGAUCCCUGCCUCACACUGUAUACAAAAAUUAACUCAAAAUGGGUCAAGGACCUAAAUGCAAGAGUAUAGAACUCUUAGAAGAAAACAGAUAUAAAUCUUUGUG